AUGGCAGAAAAUUCAAUAACAGUCAAUUUGAUUUCUUUCCUCCAUAUUUAUAUUGUAUUUUCUUUUGUAUUUAAAAGAUUCUUUAUGUUUAUUUAUAUCUAUUCUUUCAUUAUCAUUCAUUUUUUUCUUUUUCAUUCAUUUUUUUCUUCACUCUUAUUCUAUGUUUUUUCUAUUCACUUCUUUUUCUUUCUCCUAAUUUUUGAUUUGAAAACCUUUUCUUUCUUCUUUUGCUCUCUCUCCUUCCCUCUUGUUUUUGGUUCUAAACUCUGGUCUUUUUAUACUUCUUUUUCUUAUUUUUUUGUCUCUCUCAUUCAAAAAUCUGUUUUUUCUUUCUUUUCUUUUGCUCUCUUCUUCUCUCACCCUUUCUCUUCCAAAGUCUAUUCUUUCUUUCUGUCUCCUAAUUUCAAUUCUUUCUCUCUCCUGCUUUUUCAGAAUCUCUUUUCUUGCUUUCUUACUUAUUUCAUUAUCUGCUUAUCCUUUAAAAAAGCUCUCUCUCUCUCUCUCUCUCCUUCCAUUGCAUUCCAGAACCCUUUAGUGUCUAUAUUAAUUCUUUGUUUUUCUUUUCUCCUCUUCAUUCUUUCUUACAAUACCUGCUUUUUUUUCUUACCACAACUUCCAUCCACGAAGGCAACCAUUUUCCCUCCCCAUAGAAAAACAUUGUUCACUGCUGCUGUUACUCCCUCCUCUCAACAGGCUUCUGCCCCUGCCAGCUUCCUCUCAAUCCAAUAUCUAUAUUAA